AUGGAAGGACUCAAGUUUCUGCUAGCUUUUGUCCUCUUGGCUUUGGCUUCUUCAUUUGUCUCUGCCUCUGAUCCUAGUCCUCUUCAAGACUUCUGCGUAGCCAUCAACGAAACAGAUGGUGUGUUUGUGAAUGGCAAAUUCUGCAAGGACCCAAAGCAUGUCACUGAAAAGGAUUUCUUCUAUUCUGGACUCAACAUUCCAGGAGACACUUCCAAUAUUCCAGUUGGUUCAAAUGUCACUGCUGCCAAUGUUGAACAAAUUCCAGGACUCAACACUCUUGGCAUAUCCUUCGCCCGCAUCGAUUAUGCACCAUAUGGUGGCCUAAACCCACCCCACACUCACCCUCGUGCCACCGAGAUCCUCGUAGUUUUGAAGGGCACCCUCUAUGUUGGUUUUGUUACAUCUAACACAGAUAAUCGCCUAAUCAGCAAAGUCUUAAACCCUGGAGAUGUUUUUGUGUUCCCAAUUGGACUCAUUCAUUUCCAAUUCAAUGUGGGAAAAACCAGUGCAGUUGCUUUCGCCGGUUUAAGCAGCCAGAACCCUGGUGUAAUUACAAUUGCAGAUGCUGUGUUUGGAUCCGAUCCACCCAUUAAUCCUGAUGUUCUCACCAAGGCCUUCCAAGUUGACAAGAAGGUAGUGGAUUAUCUUCAGAAGCAAUUCUGGUCGGACAACAAUUAA